AUGCAUCAUGUUCUUCGUCCGAACGCUGCUGCGCGGCGAGCUUUUGCAGCGAUUGCCUGUGAUUCUGUGAAAGUGCCCAAAGCAUGGUACAACAUCCAGGCAGAUCUCAAGGUGCCUCUGCCACCUCCUUUGCAUCCCGGAGAACUGCGUCCAUGUCUGCCUGAUGACUUUGCCCCUUUGUUUCCCAUGUCUUUGAUUCAACAGGAAAUAAGUACCGAGAGAUAUAUCGAUAUCCCAGAGCCCGUCCGAGAAGUGUUGGAGUUGUGGCGACCUUCACCCUUGUUCCGCGCCAGUCGCUGGGAGAAAGCAUUGAAGCUGCCGCAGGAUGUGAAGAUUUUCUACAAAUACGAAGGAGGCUCUCCAUCUGGGUCCCACAAGACCAACACAGCCGUGGCUCAGAUCUUUUACAACAAAGAAGCGGGAACCAAAAAGGUCACCACUGAAACUGGAGCUGGACAGUGGGGAAGUGCCCUUGCAUUCUCAGGAGCACAAUUCGAUUUGCCAGUUGAAGUCUACCAGGUGAAAGUGUCCUAUGAACAGAAGCCCUACCUGAAGGCCUUCAUUGAGACCUGUGGGGCCCAGAUCUAUCCAUCGCCAUCGCAUCGGACCCAAUAUGGAGCAAAGGUCCUACAGGAAGAUCCAGCGUGUCCCGGAUCCCUCGGGAUUGCCAUUUCGGAAGCGAUUGAAGCAUGCGUCACAUCUGGUGGGACCGCCAAGUAUGCACUUGGUUCAGUUUUGUCCCAUGUCCUCAUGCACCAAACUGUGAUUGGACUGGAAGCUAUCGAACAAAUGGAAAUUUCUGGAGAGUCCCCCGAUGUGGUCGUGGGAUGCACAGGCGGCGGAUCCAACUUUGCUGGAAUCACGUUUCCGUUUCUAGGUCAGAAACUCAGAGGAGAGCGAAACAAGAUUCGCUUUGUUGCUGUUGAGCCAGCAGCUUGCCCUUCUUUGACAAAGGGGGUCUAUGCUUACGAUUUCGGUGACACUGCUCAAAUGACUCCUUUAAUCAAAGCACAUACUCUAGGAGCAGCUUUCAUUCCUCCCAAAGUGCAUUCAGGAGGUCUCAGAUAUCAUGCGAUGGCACCUCUGAUUUCGCACUUGAAAGAACUUGGAGAAUUGGAAGCUCGAGCGGUACCACAGAGCGCUGCAUUUCAAGCAGGGGCCUCUUUCUUUCAAUCUGAGGGCAUCCUUCCUGCUCCAGAAGCGACCCAUGCCAUCGAAGGUGCACUUGCUGAGGCGAAAGAUGCAGCCUCAAAGGGCGAGCCACGUUCAAUUUUGUUUAAUAUGUGUGGCCAUGGCCAUUUCGAUAUGGCAGCUUGGCAAAAGUGGAGCGAAGGCCAGCUGGAAGAUUUUGACUACCCAGAUGAGCUCGUGCAAGAAGCCUUGAAAAGCGUCCCAGGUUUGAAUGGCGUUGAUUGGCUCUUGCGCGAGGAGCGACAUCGCGCUUGGGCCUGUGAAAACGUUCACUUGAAAGUCAUUGACAAUCAGCCUUGGGAGGCGUGGGCUUUGGAUCGCCAAGAUGCGUUUGCAGAGCUCACCUUCAAGGUGUUGAAUCCUCAUCCGCUGAAAGAUGUCGACCGAGAAGAUUUCCUGUGGAGCUUGGCUUCGCCGCCUUACAACCAAACAGCGCCCGACGGAGCAAAGAGGCAGCCAGAGGUUGCCACUGCACGCUUCUGGACGAUCAUGCACGUACCACCAGGGCGCGCAUUUGCGGUUGAGCAGAUGAAUCGUCUGGAUAUCGUGCGAGACUGGCUUCCGCAGCUGUUCACCCAUUUAGGUGUUGCAGGAUCUGUGGACAUGUACGCAACACGAGUAGGGCGUCGGAAAGUCGGAUCCUAUGGUUGGCACAUGGACACCGUAGAUGCCCUCAUUUAUGUUCUGAAGGGCACGAAGCGGGUACGAGUCGCUGGGCGCUACCCUGGAAGCAAAGUCACUCUAGACAAGGUGCUGAAUGCCGGCUCGUUGGUCUAUGUCCCUGGGGGGCGCUUCCAUAUUUUACAUGCUCUACCAACAGAUGUUGAUGCUAAGACAGCUCAGAUGGUGGUUGUCCUCAGCAUUGGUCUCUUUAAUCCCAAUGAGGAUUUGUUAGAGGUCCGUACUGAAACAUACAGGUCGGCCUUUGAAAAUCAGAACCUGCUUUGGUCGGACGUGACGGGACAAGCAUCUGCGCUGCCGGAGAACUUUCCUAGAAAACCGGAAGUGAUUUAUGCUGACAAGGAUGCUUUGGAUUCCAAGGGAUUGGGGGCUUUGCACCGCCGCGCGCUUCAAAGCGACUCGCUGCGGCUGACGAUGCUACUUCAUCAAGGGGCUGAGGUGAACCUCCGCAGCCGGCCAGAAGAAGGGAAACCUUCGAUCACACCUCUAGGGUUGGCAGCGUGUUGCGUCCAAGAUGAGGAGAAAGCCUUGCUAAUCAGCACCAAACUGUUGGAAUUUGGGGCAGCUGCUACCGUAGAAUUUCAUAGUGAUGGGAAGAACUUUUCAGUCGUUGAUGUGGCACGGCGGCGCAACGAUGCCUUUGCCGCGCAACUCCUUCUCCGACUGCAUACUGCCACUGACACCACAGUUGAUUAUGAGAAAGACGACAAAGAUGGCGGCACUGUUCAUUCCUUGGCAGGAUCAUUCGCUGGCGCUGCGCAGACAGCGUUUUGGCAUCCUCUGGAUGUGUUGAAGACACGCAUGCAAGUGCGUGAUGGGACUGUUGGGUCUGUGCAUGCCUACGGAUCACUGCGACAAGCAGUCUCCUCAACAUGGCAGUCGGAAGGUCUUCGCGGAUUCUUCAGGGGUGUCUUGCCAAAUGUGGCUGGCUCCACGAUUGCAUGGGGCGUUCAGAUGCCGCUCUACCAGCUGUUCAAAACGAUGGCAUAUGGAGAGGAGACCAGUGCCCAAACGGCCAAAGAUAGUGCGUGCUCUUUAGCAGCUGGAAUGGUAACAAACAUGGUGGUACAUCCGAUCUUCUUGAUCAAGACACGUUUUCAAUUGCAACGUGGACAAGGAAAGGUCUACCAGGGAAUCUUCCAUGCUGUUACGACCAUCGCAUCUGAAGAAGGCCUGCCAGGUUUCUAUCGGGGCUUCAUGCCAUCGCUGAUGCUGUGCUCACAUGGGGCCAUCCUUCUGGUAGCAUAUGACCGUUUCAAGACACGCUUCGAUUCAGUGCUUGCGGCAUCCUGUUGUGCAAAGAUCUUCGCGUCGGUGGCCACGUAUCCUCUCCAAGUGGUGCGAUCAGUGAUGCAACAACGACCAACAAAUGGCCCGUUUGAGUAUACGAGUGCUCCACGCACGGUUCAACUACUGUGGCAGCGGAACGGACUGCCAGCCUUCUACAGAGGAAUCUUGCCGCAGAUGAUGCGAACAGUUCCACAAGCUAUGGCCUUCUUCUCGAUUUACGAGUACGCUCUGACAGCCUUCCGAUUCGGAACGAAUUCCUAA